UAACUGCUGCUAGCUUGAUUGUGGACACAAAAAACUGCGAAAUCAAGGAGAGGGACAGCGCCCAGAAUAACUGUAAACCUGUGGUAACUGCGUGGAGCAUCGCGUUGGAAAUGAGACUCCGGUCAUAUUCUGCGGGUUGUCGGACAUUAAAACAGAGGACAUGUCCUUCGGUUUGUUAAAGCCACAGUGCUACACUCAACUCUCCAAGCAUGCUACAGUAGUGACAAUCUCUUUCUACUCAGCAGCACUGUUUGAUCCAAGAGAAACGUGCCUUGUAAGGAAGCAGGAUGUUCACAGGCUCCACCAAACUGCCGCCCACUAAAACCCCCCAGCCUGAGCGGCUGGAUGAAGUGUACGCUGCCUUACGCAGAGGCUUACAGUCGUACUUGCAGGUCCACCAGCUGGAGCUGGACAGUCUGGGUCAGCAGAUCAGAGAAAACAAGAGGAACGGUCGUUUGGGGUCUUUGUAUGAGCAGGAUAAGCAAGUCAAAGCCAUAGAGAGGUUCAUGCGUCGCUUGGAAUUCCACCUCAGCAAGGUUGAGGAGCUGUACGAUGCUUAUUGUAUACAGCGGCGACUGCGUGAUGGAGCAAGUAAGAUGGUGGCAGCCUUUAACUUGGCCACUGGCAGCAAGGAGGCCAGAGAGAGCCUGAGUGAAGCCAACAAAGGCUACAAGGAAUGUACAGAGCACAUGUGCUCUCUUGAGAGUGAAUUAGAAAGCCAGAUGGGAGAAUUUCAUGUCAAGAUGAAGGGCCUUGCUGGCUUUGCGCGGCUGUGUGCUGGUGACCAGUAUGAGGUCCUAAUGCGUUAUGGGCGGCAACGUUGGAGGCUACGAGGCCGCGUGGAAGUCAGCAACAAGCAGAUUUGGGACAGCGAAGAGUACAUCUUCCUGCCUCUCGUCACAGAACUGCUGUCAAUCAAGGUGACAGAGCUGAAGAGCCUGGCCAAUCACGUGGUGGUGGGCAGUGUGUCCUGCGAAAUGCUCGACCUGUUCUGCCCACUUCCCCAGACGCUCGCCGUGGAUAUCAACGACCUCGGGACGGUGAAGCUGAACUUGGAGGUCACCUGGAGUCCAUUUGACAAGGAUGACCAGACAUCAUCCACCAGUACAGUUUCCAAACGGCUGCUGUCCAAUCAGAGCCCUCCUAACACGCCCUCUAUGCGGGAGCAGGUGUUUUAUUCUCUGCUAAAGCGACAGGGAGAAAUGGAGAACGGGACAGUCUGGUCCAACUCCUCUGAAUCCUCUGACGACUCCUCCAGUCCAGCCCUGGCUCACCACGCUCAGAGGCUGACGGCCUCCAACAUGCUGCAAACCACUCUCACCACUCAGCUGUCGUUCACGCCGAACAAGUCCAGCGCGUCAACGCCAUCGCUCUCCUCCAACCAAGAGGAGGACGAGACAGAAGCUGGGGAGGUUUUCUCUCAGACAGAUGCGGUGCCCAACGGCCAUCUGCAGACUUCCUGCUGUCAUAGCCACAUCGGCGAGAGUAGUCCAGACUGUACUGUGUCUGAUAGAGCGUCUGUCCAAUCAGCUGACCUCUCUGAAUCCUUAGCAGACCUAAGCUGCUCAUGCCCCGAUGUUUCUGUACCUCCCGUGUUGCUGAUGGAGAGACCUGAUUUGUCUGAAAGUGGCGUCCCACAGGUGUGUAUAUCUGCCGAGGAGGUAAAAGGUGACGCAUCUGAGGGCUCGUCAGUACAGGCUGGACAGACUGAAGCAGAAUUAGAGGACAUCACCACUGAAGCAGGAGAGGGACUCCAGGUAGAAGCAUCAGAGAAACACAGUCAGCCACAUCAGUCCGUCCAGGAGUCAAAACAACCAGAGGACGCGCAGACGGUUCCUUUUCCUACUUCUAUUAGUUUCACUCAGGAAGUCGAGACAGCCCUUGAAAGUUUCGACUUUCUCAACUGCUCUGACCUCGAUGAAGAUGAGGAGGAAAAGGAAGAUGAACAACAGGAAGACAAAGGAGAAAAGGAGGCAGAUGAUGGGCAACGUGAAGAGAACCAAAACAAAAUGGAGAAAGAAGAAAAGGAUGAAGAGAAGUUUUACUCUGGAGGAAGCGAUGAAGACGAGGCAGAUGGUCUAGACAUCCUUAUGGAAGCCCCAGAAGGAUUUAGGAACUCAGAUGAAGAUCGUUUCUCUGAAUCACAGUCAAGCGUGGAGGAUGUGCAGGAUUUGGCUCAGAUGGAAAUGCCCGAGGAUGAGGAGGAGCACAGCGAGGAAAAGGGAGAGGAACAACAUGGAAAGGACACAUCACAUGGUCAGGAGGAGCGUCCCUCUACUCCCGGCCAUUUGGCCACUACUGUCUUCUAACGACACAGUGGAACCAUAGCUAAACCAUUUCUCCCACUCUGAUCACCAUCUCCCUCUCUCUUACACUGCGUGAUUGGAGGCCUUGAGGAUGUUCCACUUACUGCUCAGACAAACAAGCUCCUCCAUCACGGUGGAGUUUGUGCACAUAUUUGCCUUGUUCUGACCAAGAACGAUAAACCUCGAGGUUUCUGCACCUCAGUCAUGACUGAAAGAAAACUCCCUCCAAGGUCCUUAUUCUUUUAACACACACUCCAUCAACGUUGCCUGGGUUUAAGUGGGAUACCACUUCGUUUACACUUUCAUAAACUGUUCCUGUCAUGUGAAAAUGAAACAUUCAGGAACAGCUAAAGGCGGCCUUGUUUUUGGCUUUAUUACAGUGCAUUUAUGAAGUAAUCUAAUCAUUUUGAAAGGGUUUUAUAAGUUCAAGUUUAUGUAUUUCUUCAAUCGUUAGAGAAACAUACAAUCAUUGACAGAGUUGCAUUGCAAGGUUAAAAAAACUAACAGUAUUUGUGGAUAUGAAAAAGUAUCGAGGUUAUGAUUUUCAGUGUUAAAUCAGUGAACAGGCCAGAGCUCUUUCUGUUAGUGGGAGAGGAUAAGACUUCAUAAGCAUGUGAUGUUUGUCUGAAGAUUUGAAUCGUCGUGCUGUGGAUACAAAAUCAUUUCCAAAGCAGGAAUGUACUCUGAAAACCAACCUUUCAUUUUAGGCUUCAGAGACAGUUAAUGAAAAUAAUCAGAAAUACACAUGGAGUGCAGACGUUACAUUCAACCUUCAAAGCAACACCAGGAACAUAAAUAAUAUUAGGAAUGAAUAUAAAAACACUUGAAGGACAGGAGACAAACUCAUUUGGUCCAGUUUUUUACAAACAUGAAAACAACCUGCAGUGUAAAAACUAUAUUUAAAUGUGCAUGUGUAGCUUCCUCACACUGCCAGCAUGUCUGUAUAAAAAGCUCAGCUGAUCAGUUUAAGUGUGUAAGCUAAGCUCCUGUGCAAGGAAGCCAUCGGGUCUGUAGCUGUGUUCAAAAGCUGCCUCACGGGGGCGCUAUAGUCUUUCAGCAUCAUGCUUUACGUUGUUCUACAAAAGCCUCGACAUUCAGAAAGUGCCUCAAGUGACAAGAUGUAAGGUUUUAAAUGCCACGACAGGAGAGAUCAGGCAAAAGUGUUUAUUUUCUGAAUUACUUUAAGAGUGUGCACAAUAAGAGAUAUUUACUGUUUCAUAUAAAGAAUUGUAUAUGUCUUGGAAUGUCAAAAUGUUUAUGUUCAGAAAUGUUUAAACUUUAUAAAGGUUACUUUAAAAUGAA